UGUUGUGAUUCUCUAAACGAAAACAUGGUCCACACUGAACUUGUACUCCGCCUGAACGACAGACAGUACACCAACUGGCUGAAGGCAGGUCGUUGUCUGCUCAUCCUGAAGGAAGCGCUCCAUCCCUUCAUCGACGCUCGGAUGAGAACUUUCCACAGAGACCUCCUCUGCGGAAACCCCUUUCUGAGGAAGCCAUGUCACUCUUUGACUUGUAGACCAAGAAGGAAUAAGCUGUCCGGGGCUUGCGCACUGUGUGCAGAGUGGCAGGCUGAAAUCUUGAGGCACCACCGACAGCCGGAGGUGACCAUCAACUGGGACAACUGCUACCCUCCAUCCUGGAGAGGAGACCACUGGGAAGUGGCCAAGGCCUACAUGCCCCGAGGUCAAGCCAAAGUGAAAAGAGCUGAUCAGUGCGACGCUGCUGCUCUGCUCAACCUCAUCAACCACUGUUGGUGUUUCCAGUCAGUAGAUACAUACUGUGUGAGAGAGGUCAUCAGUUACAGAAACCAGCUGAUGCACUCCUGCGAGCUGCGUGUGGAGGACGAGUGGCUGCAGAACUUCCAGACAACGCUCGCUCACUUCACCCGUCUUUUCAGGGAGCUUCCUCAGAUGGCUGCAGCGGGGCGACAGAUCCACCAGAUGCUGAGCGUGGAUUUGUCAAUAAGCGUAUCAGGCUCGGACCAGCUGGUGACUGAUGCUUUGGACGGGCCGGAGACCAGCGCGGACUUGAUCAGCCAAUGGGAAGCUGAGUUGCUGCGGGAGAAGCUGCAGGAGCUGUUCGCUGUUGCAAGUGAGGAAGAAAGUCCACAGUCGUUGGAUCGCAAAGAGGUUUCAAGUCUGUCAGGCUUCCUGCAGGCCAACAAAGAUCUGAGCCAGAGGUUCUCAGAGGAGCUACAGGUCAUAGCCCUGCAAGCGGGAACAGAGGAGGCCCGAACUGCAGAUUAAACUCUUGCCUGUCGUCUUAUUUAACACUGUCUGAGGAGGACACAUCAAGUUGGAUUAUAUUUGGUGUUCAUUUAUCUGAAGAACUGACCAAUGUCAUUGGACAACUGAGUUGGAUCAGAAGGGCAAGUAGCUCUGCCCCUGACUCAUUUUUUCACCUUGGUUAAGAAAGUCGUCGUCUUUGACUGGAUGUUGGUGUAUUUAAAGUAUUUUCAGUUGAAAAACAGAGCCUGCUGGAAAGUUUGAACGUUUCUCUGUAAGUCACGAUCAAUGGGGAAUUGAACGCAGACGUAAGAAAGUUUGUGAGAAGACAAAAACGUGAAUAAACUGAAUUGAUUUACAAGUAAUUUAUAACCCUCUAUAAGUAUUUAGCGAUAUUAUUUUCACUUUUUCUUUUAAAAAAAGCGCAAUGGAAACAACAUGCAGAUGCUGUUCUUGAUUUGGCCUGUAGAUGGCGUCAAUUCCCACCGGACACACCGUAAAGGAGCCUUCUGCAGAUGAAGGCUGCUUUACUGUGUGUUCUAUGUGUGUAUCUGUGAACUUGAAUUUGUUGUUGUUGUUUUUUUCAUUUAAAGAACUGACCUAUGUCAUUAACGCCCGAUUGGGCAAUAUUGUUUACCAGAAAGACUCUUCCAAAAGCGGGAAGUAUUGUGAAAUCAGUUGUUUCAUUGAUGACUCAUUUUUAAAGCAGCAGUGCAAUUUUUAUAUUGGUUUGGAAAGCAGCAACCGUAAUGGAAGUUGAAGCAAUGUUUAAAUGAUGAAGGUGCAAGGGUUUUAUUUUCCCCUGAAAUUCUAUUAUUACUGUUAUGCUCUAUCAUGAAUUAUUGGAAAUUGAUCCACUACGCAAAACUAUUCAUAUGAAGGGAUGAAAAAAAAUUGUGAUAACAGCAACAAAAAAGAGAUCAGAUGUUGAACUUUGGAUGCAGAUAUUCUCAUACACAAUAAAUAUGGCAUGACAUUUUUAAAAAGCUUGUGCUUUAAAAUUCAAAGUGUGUUUUUUGUCUUGUCAAUCGCAACUGCGCAUGACACAUGAAAGUCAUUACAGACAUUAAUACUUUUCAGCAAGAGAGGGGAAAUCAACUCUAUUUUGGUCUCUGGUACUAUCACACGCUUGGUAAUGUUGAAGGGGAUAUGCAAAAUAGUGAAGAUCAUUAGACAGUGCCAGACGCAGCUAAAAAGCGGAACCCACUAUCACGCUGUCAACCAAACACUAUAGGGGCGAAUGUAAACAAACAUGGCUGACCGCGAGACUUUUGCAAGUAAACCAUAUUUUUGUUUAAAAACAAGUUGACUUACAGCGGCCCUCAUUUGGAAAAAACGUUAUAGUAAAACAACAGAUGCAUUAUUGGGGAUUUAUUUUAUUUUCAAUUAUUAAAACUUGAUCCAUGAAGGAUAAAUAAGACCUUGUGGAUAUUGAGAUUAGAUUUUGAGGGUAUGAAAAAGGAAUAUUGUAGUGGUAACAAUGGUUUUAUAUAUAAAAAUGGGUGUUAAAAUGAGUGCCGCUUCCAUGUUCUCUAGUUUCCUCCCAAAAUCCAGAUCCAUACCGGACUUCCAGCAGAAAACGAUGAAGCCAAAGCAUAAAUAUUGGACUCAGGUUUCGACUAUUGCAACACAUGUUUGAAUCAUGCAAAACCAGCGUCACGCCAGGGGCUUUCACACUGCUGACUUAGUAGAUUGAUGCUUCUCAACACAUGCAGCACAUAGAUGCACACCAAUGGUCUCAACCGACAUGCUUCCUGUCCCUCACAUGUCGGCAGCGGUUGACUCCUCCACCAUGGUGAUUUCCUCCUCCUGCCUGAAGGGGUCUGCUGGGUAAUUAACCUGCAACAAACAGACCAAAGUGUGACCCAGUUUCCUCUGCAGCUUGUAUAUGUCAGCUCACAACAGUUACUUACAUUGGUGUCACCUUUUUCAAUGAAAUGUUUAUACUUCUUUGGUAUGUUUGGAAUCUCAGGAAACAACAUGUCAGACACCCUGAAAA